CUCAAGAACUGGCCCAUUUCCACGGUGUUCCACUCCAGUUGCUAAAAGGAAAACACGAAAUUAAAUAAUAAUUAAAAUAGAAUCAGUGUUUUAUUUGGACAAUAUUGAACGGCACACAUGCCCCCAUCCUAAAGGGCUGGCCAAAAAUUAUGACUUAAAGAUUCACUGCCGCAAGCAAGUCGCUUAUUGAAUGGGCGUAUUGAAUGCCAAAUCGAUUGCUACGCAAAUAAAAAAUCAAACAAAAGAAAACUUUACAAAAAGGAAACAGCAAAAAUGUUAAUGUAAUCAAGUAACACAGAAAGUGCAUUCCGGCCAACAGCAACAAUCAAGCUAAUGAGGGUGAGGUGGCCACAUGUGUGGGCGUGAGUAUCGUACGAGUCUGCCAAAAGGUCAACAGAACUAAAGCAUGAUCCACCUGGUCUACGAACGUCACUUGAUAGCACCAUUGACAUGAACAAUCCCCCUCGGACCGUGUCGGAGGAGAAAUCAAUCAGCAGAGCACACAAAUGACCAACUCAGAGGAACGGAAAAGCAAUAAUUAGCAACGUAAUUAGUAGCAAGCCCGAUAUUCUUCCAAAACUUAAGGUCAAAAUUGCGCAUCGCCAUGUUUUCCGAAGCAUAUGACACCGAUGAGCUGGACACCAUCGCCGAUGUCAUGGGACUCCGCUCACAGGCUCGACUAAACACAUUUCGCGAAAUGUGGUACCACUUAUUUCUGUGGGCCCUCUUCUCAUCCAUUUUUAUCCACACCUGUGCCGCCCUCGUGGCGUUUGUCACGCUUCGAAAGCAUAAAUUCGGUCGAUUCUUCUCCAUACUAAUUCUGGUCAUGGGAUUCUUGUCCCCGGCUUCUAGUGGGAUCAUUAGCAGUGCGGUGAUUGCAUUUGUGCAUCGCGCUUCCAGCCUGCCCAUGUCGCCUAUUUAUGCAAUGGUCUGGGGUCUUGGACAGACCAUAGUCUCGGCGUGCCUGGGCUUCACCCGAAUCUUGGCCACGCUCUAGAUUAUGGUCUGAAAUUUCAUUAUAGAACGUUCGUCGCUUGUUUUUUUUUUUUUGUAAUCAUUAUUAUACUUUUUUUAUUCGUUUUUCGCAGAACAUCUUGAAAGAUGCUCGACAACAAAUAUAAAAAUUCAUAGAUAUGCUUAUAAGAAUAUUGUGAUUUUUAAAUAUACAUAUACUAUAUACGACCAGAGGAAUAAUGUAAAAUAUUUAGCUCUUACUUGUAAUAUUUACUCUAAUUGUACAUACGAUACCAGCCGAAUACACGAGAAGAUUCUAAAACUAAA